CUUACUCAACGAAUGAUUGAAUAUUAGGUACUAACUUAUGAAGAUGGAAUGACGAGUUCUCUACUAGUAUGUAAGUACGUUUUUAGUAUAGAUUCAUAGAUUGAUGAUUUUUAGAGGUCAAGAUGAGUGGCGUUUUUCCAGAAGAUGCCAUCGAUGACGACCUUGAAGAGAAGCCGCGGCGAACCAAGGCCGACAUACAAGCAGAUGCCGCUUUGCUGAGACAAGUCGAACUUAGGGUCACCUCUUGUUCAGAGUUCUUAGAUAGAGUUCUUCUUUUCCGUCAGAGGAACGUGCCGCAGGGUUGUUCUUCUUCUUCGGAGUUCUUAGUCCAAUUUUAUGAAGAAGAUGGAGACGGACUCAAUAGAAAACGAACUAUUCAGUAGAACCAAGUGAACCAUUUAUUUAGUGAACUACUCAGUAGAAUAUUGCGAACCUCCAUGCAUGGAGUGAGCUCUAACAAACCGUUGCCAGGGUCUAUCCCUCAGAAUGUACCUGAGGAUGCCAAAGAGCUCGCACGCCUGCGUGGACAGUCGCAAUUUUUUCAGAGCCCUACCGGACGACGCAUCGAGUACCAAAUCCUCGGUCGGUGUGCGCCGGAAGACCCUUGGCUGUUCUACAUCGCGGGAAUGACUAUGCAUGGCAUGCCUUCGCAGAUAUCCACGAUAUUCAUGACGCGAGAGAGUGGUAUCGACAAGCGUUCUCAUGGCGAAGCGGACCUACCCUUUCGGGUUGUGGCGCUAUCGAGACCCGGGUACGGUCGAUCGACGCUGAAUCUACGGUAUGUUUGACGUCGUGGAAUACUAUUUUACUCCAAUUACCUUGUAGUAACCCCUACAUUCUUUGUUCUCAUUCGCAUUGAUUAUGACAUCGCUACUCCUAGCCUCGGAGUAGAUGAACCCAACAAUGAUCGACGUCUGAAGACUAUGAACAAAGAUAUUCUCAUCUUCAUCAAAUGGUACUUCAACUUGAGCUUGUCGAAACAGCACUUCCUAUUUAAUAAAUAUGGUUACUUUGAAAUUGAAUGGGUAUUCAAAGAAAUCAAACUCGGAAUUGGUGAAGAGAAUAACCUGGAUUUCGCCACACAGCUAACCCUAUGUAAGUAAGCGUAAUAAAGUGGUGCUAGUUUUGAUCAUGUUCAUGUGGAAUUCCAGCAGGAAAGUGGUCGUACGCUGAUUUUGUUGCAGAUUUGGACGCCUUAGCGGAACAUCUCGGAGCCAACGAUAUCGGUGUCUGGGGAACUAGCAGUGGAGGUCCAAAUUUAAGAUGACUCGUCUCACUCUCAGUGUAAGAAUUGAUUCCAUUUAAGUAAGGGAGCUGCUAGUGCUAACAUUUAAGGUUACUCUCUUUGUAAGAAUUCAUUCCAUUUUACUGUAAAGGGGCUGUUGUUUUCGGGAAUCCCUGCUCACUGGAAAUUUCUUUGGGGGUUAUAAUCGUUCAUAUUUCUACUUUAAGAAGCUCUAUCUAAUGAACUGUCUCGCUGCGGCCGCCUUGUGUCGGAAAGUGCGUAUCGCUGGUGUACUGCUGCUCUCGUGUGAUGCCAACUAUGGACCAUCUUUUCCACGUGGAACAAAAAUGUUUACCAGCACCGCUGCAGGAGCAGCUGCGAGAAGCUACAACGGUCAAAAGGCACUAGCGAAAGUGAGCAUUAAGACUAGAAUGUGCCCCACAUCUAUGUACUGUAGCUACUCAGUUGAACUUCAUACUUCGUCUUCUGCAAGCUGUAGUAAGUACAACAAGGCCACAGAGGUGCUAUGUGUUAAGGUUCGAAAAAAUUCAUUUUUGCAGGCUAUCUUCUCUCGGUACUGCUAUGGUAAAAUGGAUGUCUCAAGCAUUAGAAGAAAUUGAAAGGUGCUUAAGUUGUAGAGGUUGUAGCAUCUUCCCACCUCCAGCUCUUCAUCUAAAAACAGUAAGUACAAUUACCAGGACGAAGAAAAAGAAGCAAUCGUGUCCUACGUGGACGGUAUGUCUUUCGUCAGGAUGGAUGGAAUCUGUGGAGCGUGCUGUUGUGCUGGAUGGUGUUGUCAGAUACUUUGCCGCUGUCCACGAGGCAUACGAGUGGAUACGGUUGUGGAAAAUUAUGAGAACAAAUUUUUGUAGUCCUAGUUCUUUGGAAGAGUUUCGCGGUGUGGCAUCUCUACUAGAACACGAGACACUGAUGGCGAUUUUCAAUCUUGAUCGGCAGUCUGUAGUCACGUUGGUUAUGAUAAAUCUGACAAAUAGAAUUGUUGGAUUCAUUCGAACGGUACUUCUAAGAACAGAAGGAUCUCGAUUUUGGCCUGGCUGAAGUACAGGCGCCAGUGAUGCUAGUUCACGGAGACAAAGACGAUACUUGCGAUGCAAAUUGCAUGUUUUUUCAUGCAAGAGGACUACCAAAUGUAGUGCGGACUCAACUUAUGGGAGCAGAACUUCAAGAAUUUUAAUUCGGUUUAUUCUCAGGCUUGAUUUAUUUAGGUAUACCUACCAAGCGUCUUCAUGGAGGAAAAAAACUCGUGUAUGAAGUUGUUGCCUUUUAUGUUCACGAAAAUAAGGUGUAAGUUGUUGCUUUCGAUUGUCCUUGAGCUCGAGAAACCCAAAUGAUGGAGACCGAUGUCGACAUUAGGCUUCGUCGCGUGUGAUACAUAGGAGUUCAAGUUCUUUUGAUAAGCAUGGAUGAGAAUGUCCAUUAUUUUUUUCGCUCCAUAGUUAGUUUUCAUUGACAUCAAGGGGCAAGGUUUCUAUGCCCAACCACCGUUAGUUUUUAUCAACCCUCCGCUUACCUUCAUCCCUGUCGUUCCAGGCAUGGGGCAUUGCGUUAUGCCGCAAAAACUCUUUGACGAGCUGAUGCUGGACUUCGCGCAGCUACUAAUCUUGGAAAAACGAAAGGGUGCCACUAAUCCGAUACGAGCUGUUCUGGAUGCACCACAGCAAGAAUUCUUUUCUGCGUCCGCUAAAUGAGUGGAGGAACGACGACCCGAAUGAGUAACAUGUUCUUGGCUCCUCAAGUACUUGCAGGCAGAUAGAUACUUCUUCUACCCGACGGCGACAGAAAUAUCAUGUUCGAGCCGGAACGUUGUACAGACAAAUGGAACAACCUAGAAAAUAACACUGUGGCUCACAUGACGAGAGUCUCACAGGAUGGAAGGCCUGAUCCCUACUUAUCUUUAGGUGACUGUGAAUGAAGUACAAAUUAAUACAGCCCUCACGGUUACUAGCGCAAGGUGAUCCGAGCGAAUACUGCGCCUGGUUUGAAAGAUAACUUCAGAG